AUGUCUCGCAGUUCUCGUCGUCGUAAGCACGCCGUCUCUCAAUUAAACUUAAUGGUCGUGGGUUUUAGCUCUCUCGGUAAGACCUCCUUCAUCCGUAUGCUUUUCGACACACUUGGUCGUUUAAAAGAAGACAUAGAGCCCCCUGCUUCUCUAUCUAAAAGAGCCGAAACAGCGCAGGACGCAGAAGCAGCGCGAACGAAAGAAUUAUAUUCUUUCACUUUAGAUAUCGAAGAAGAGGGUGAAAAAAUUUCUUUAACCUUAGUCGAUUGUCCUGGCUUCGUAAGAGAUAAUGAACUCAGACUUGACGUUCAAGUUACUGAAGAAACUAAAGUAAAACGUAAUCCUAAAGCUCAAGACAGUCAGAUUCAUGCGUGUCUUUAUUUUAUUGAUAAUACAAAUAAUGGUUUAACCGAUAAAGACAUUCGUAUUUUAAAAAGAUUAACUGCUCGUGUAAAUGUCAUCCCUAUCGUUGCAAAAGCUGAUUUACUUACGACAACUCAACUUGCCAAUUUAAAAAAGGCUAUCAAUCGAGACAUAAAGCAAUAUCAAAUCCCUGUGUUUGACUUUCCUGUCGAUGAAGAAGAUGGUUCGGAAUCUGAAGUUGUAGAAGCUUUUGCUGAUAUUCAAACUCAAAUCCCUUUUUCUAUAAUUGCUCCUGAAGAUGCUGAACUCACCGAUCCAUCGACAAGUGAAAAAAUCUUAGGACGACAAUAUGCAUGGGGUGUUAUUGAUUGUUUAAACCCAAAACAUUGCGAUUUUGUUGUACUAAGAAAUGUACUUUUAUCAAGCCACCGCAAGCUAUUCAAGGAUAUUACUUUGGAAUUAUUUUACGAACAAUACCAUGAUCACCAAGGAACAGAAGAAGAAAUUGAUGGAAGAUUUACAGGAAAUUUAAAUUGA